GGAAGAAAAGUGGGGAAGUGAUUAGAGGUCACAGAGGAGGGGACUGGGUGACAUCCCGCGAUUACAUAAACUCACAGGGGCUGUCAAAGAGAGCAAACAAGCGCGUGAAACUUGGAAACCAGAGAACACCGCUGUACAGGAAAGAGCCUGAAGCCGUUUUCAGAGCCGGCCUGGACUAUCGAAACUCUCAGAAUCUAUCGACCAUGGAGCGUCAGCUUGGCUUGUUUCUGCUGUUACUGACGCUGGCACACGCCUUCCCUGCCGCGCCAGAGCCCUGCGAGCUGGAUGACGAAGGUGUCCGCUGCGCCUGCAACUUCUCAGAUCCGCAGCCUAACUGGUCCAGCGCUUUUCUGUGUAUCGGGGCGAUAGACGUGGAGUUCUACGGCGGAGGCCGCAGCCUGGAACAUUUUCUAAAGCGUGUGGACACCGAAGCAAACCCGUCGAAGGACAUCACAGAUGUGCUCGAGUCCCUGCAGUGGGAGCGGCUUACCUUGGGGAACGCGCGGGUUCCUGCUCCGAUGCUAUUCGGAGUCCUGCGUUUCCUCGGGUUUACCAACCUGAAGGAAUUAACCCUUGAAAACCUCGAGGUAACCGGCACCGCGCUGCCGCCGCUCCUGGAAGCCUCGGGACCGAAUCUCAACACCUUGCGCCUCAGCAACGUGUCGUGGGCGACAAGGGAUGCCUGGCUCGCAGAACUGCAGCAGUGGCUAAAGCCAGGACUCAAGGUAUUGCAUAUUGCCCAAGCACACUCACUCAACUUUUCCUGCGAACAGGUCCGAGUCUUCCCCGCUCUUGCCACCUUAGACCUGUCCAAUAACCCCGAAUUGGGCGAGAGAGGACUGAUCUCGGCUCUGUGUCGGAGCAAGUUCCCGGCCCUCAAAGUUUUAGCGCUGCGCAACGCCGGGAUGAAGACGCCCAGCGGCGUGUGCUCUGCGCUGGCCGCGGCAAGUUUGCAGUUGGAAGAACUGGACCUUAGUCACAAUUCACUGCGGGAUACUGAAGGCGCCCCCGGGUGUGACUGGCCUAGCAAGCUAAACUCGCUCAAUCUGUCUUACACUGAACUGGAGCAGGUACCUAAGGGACUGCCAGCCAAACUCAGCGUACUUGAUCUCAGUUACAACAGGCUGUAUAGGCAACCUAGGCCAGAUGAGCUGCCCAAGGUGGUUCACCUGUCACUUACAGGAAAUCCAUUUUUAGACUCUGAGCCCCACUCGGAGGGGUACAACUCUGGCGUAGUCGUAGCCCCAGUGCGUUCAUCCCUGGCAGUGGGUUUGUCGGCAACCUUGGCUGUUCUCCAAGGAGCCGGCCUUUUUGCGUAGUGCCAAAGGGAGAAAAAAAAUGAACAUUUACAUUGUCCUGGCUUCUGAGGGUCCUGGUCAGGUUGAUCAGAACUUCUUGACCAACGAAUCCUCUGUCUUACAGUUAUUAAAAUCUUAAACCACAAUUUAAGGGAAGAAAGAAAGUCUAGAUGGCUCAAUGGGUAAAGGCCACCAAG